AUGUCACCAAAAUUAUUAAUUGCUGUUGCAUUGUUAUCUAUAUGCGAGAACAUCUUAGUAGUUGGGGGAACAAAAAUUAUUGGUGUACCACCCAAUGAACAAGAUCUUUAUAACCCAAUAGUCAACCAAGAAACAGGAGAGAAAACUUGGCAUUGUCUUGGAGAUCCUAAGAUAGUAUUGAAUUAUGAUCAAAUAAAUGACAAUUAUUGUGACUGUCCUGAUGGGUCUGAUGAACCAGGAACAAACGCAUGCCCAUAUGACACCAGUCGAAAAUUCUAUUGUCAUAAUGAGGGCCAUAUUCCUGGACACUUAGAAAAUUUUAAAUUGAAUGAUGGGGUAUGUGAUUAUGAGAUAUGCUGUGAUGGAUCUGAUGAAUACCUAACUGGUAGAUGUGAAAAUAAAUGUUCCGAAAUUCAUCAACAAUAUGUUACAUACGUACAAACCACGAACGAAGAAAUGGAUAUUUCACUUUCAGAAAAGAAAAAAUUUCUUUCCAUAGCACAAGAGAAGAGAGCCAACGCGGAAAAUAGAGUUGAAGCUCUUAAAAAAGAGCUAGAAUCGAGCCUUAGAUCAAAAGAUAAAGAGAUCGAAUCGCAAUCCCAAGAAGACACACCCGAUCAACUGGUUUAUUUAAAAUUAUCUCCUUAUCUCCAAGAAUUACAAACGAGCAUACAAUUAGAAAGAAGCAAACUAGAAGAUUACUCAAAAAAUAUUGCUUUUUUGGAAAGUGUAUUGUCUAGCUUGAUUAAAAAUUAUAAUCCCAAUUUUAAUGACUUAGCUGUAAAGGACACAGUCAAUAAGUUUCGCGAUUAUGUUUCAAAUAAAGACGAACAAGAGGAAUUUCAAACAAGCUCAAUAAAGGUAUUAACCUCUUUAACGGAAGAGUCCGAGAAACUAUCGUAUAAUACUCAAAAUGAAAAUGUGGAUAUAUUUUAUCCUGGAAUCAGUAAUAUGAUACACUAUUAUUAUACAUCAUUUGUGAAGUCUUUUAUGGAAAGUCCAAAAGACAAAGGCUUGGGCGAUGAAGAAGAGGAGACAACUGUUCACACUGAAACAGAGGAUGUUGAAUCAUUAAAGAAUGAAAUUGCAAAAAUCAAUGAAGAUUUGGACAAAGAUUAUGGAAAGGACGACAUCUUAAGGUCUGUACAGUCACAGUGGAUUAAAAAGCGUCUUGGAGGAUAUUCUUACAACAUUGGGUUUUUGGAUUCGAUCUACCAAGAUAGUAUUUUGAUCGGUAGGUAUUCUAGAAUUGAAGGUAACAAACUUAUUUACGAUCAAGGUGCAAAAUGUUGGAAUGGCCCGCGUAGGUCAGGCAUUGUUGAAAUGAUUUGUGGUCCAAACAAUGAUUUAAUUUCGAUUGGAGAGCCAGAGAAAUGUGAGUAUCACUUGGAAUUAAUGACACCCAUUGUUUGUAAUGAAAUAUUAGAAGAAGAAUUACUUUCGAAUUUUAAAAUAAAUUAUGAAAAAUUAUAG